GCAACUCAGAAGGAUAUCUCGGGUAUAUAAAUGGAACCUAUCCCCGUCGUGAAUCACUCCAGCUUCAAGAUCAACAGCAAAAUGAGAAAUGUUGUGUGUUUAGUGGCGGCUUUGGCUGUGCUGGUGGUGGCUGCCGAGGCUCAGGAGGCACAGACAGCCUUCCUGGCUACACUUACACCGGAACAAAUCGCCCAGCUGUCUGCCCAGGAGGGUCUUGAUGCUAUGAUAGUCUGUUACAAGCAAAAGGACGACCCACAAUGCACCGAACUAGUGACGAACACUCUAGCCGAGUUACCAGAACUGCUGAGGACCAACUGUGGUCUCUGUAGUGAAGCUCAAAGGAAACUCCUGGAUGAUGUUCUUGAUCAGGUCACCAAGGAAUUCCCAGAUAAAUUCAACCAGCUGAGGAAACUCAUUUUCAGCUAACGUAGCAGAUGACAAUCUUGCUGGCAUGUCUAGGCUAAUACAGUUGCUGACAAUUUUGCUGACAUGCAGGAGCCUUGCAUCAAGCUGUACUGCUCUAUGACAACCAUCAACCUCCACUACUCCUGCUGCUUCUCUUUCCUCUAAACUCGUCACUCCUCAUCCAAUCCAAUAUUGUAUUUGCAAAUUCUCCAUUUAAUUACUGGCUGCUUGUUUUUUUAACUCAAAACCGGUAAUCAGCUAUAUUUGUGGUCAGCAGACUGCUAGCACAAAAAAGCAUUACCAUAAUUUCUAUUUCAACUUUUCACGAGUGACAUUUCCCAGUGCUGCUCUUCAAGCUGGCGUCUUGAAGGAAAAUGUCUUCCUCCAAUCUUUACUGCCUCCUAUCUGCCAGAUUCUGUAUGGUUUACAGGCUUAGCUCUUCCAUAAACAAUAAAUACUAAAUGCACUA